CAGUAACCUCUCUCGUCUCUCUCUUCCAUCAUUGCUCCAUCAUGAGCGAGCCUAGUAACGUCUCCAACAUCCCGGUCGGCGGCUGGAACUUUACUAACAUCACUAACCAGUUUGUCCAGCCGGUUUGGCUGCUCUCUCUCUGGACGGUCGCCUACAGUCUCGUGCUGUUGGUCUCGGUGAGCGGGAACGUAAUCGUUAUCUGGAUCAUCCUUGCUCACAAACAGAUGCGGACAGUGACAAACUACUUCCUAUUGAACCUGGCGCUCGCGGACACGUCCAUGGCGGCCUUCAACUCGUUCGUGAACUUCGUUUACGCUGCGCACGGGGACUGGUACUUCGGGCUCGCCUACUGCAAGUUCCACAACUUCCUUCCUGUGACAGCGGUGUUCGCCAGCAUCUAUUCCAUGGUGGCCAUCGCCGUGGACCGGUACAUGGCCAUCAUCCACCCACUCAAGCCCCGCCUCUCGGCAACGGUAACCAGGUCUGUGAUAGGCUGUAUCUGGGGCAUGGCGGUUGUACUAGCGUUCCCGCUGUGUUACUACUCAACCACCAGACAGAUUGGGCAGAGGACACUGUGUUACGUCUACUGGCCUCGCACUGCACAGGACUCAUUCAUGUACCAUAUAAUAGUAGCAGUGUUGGUGUAUGUGCUGCCUCUAGUGGUGAUGGCUGGUACCUACAGUCUGGUGGGGAGGACACUGUGGGGAGGAGAGAUACCUGGUGACUCUAAAGAUAACUACCAUCUACAGAUACAAGCCAAGAGGAAGGUGGUGAAGAUGAUGAUGAUUGUGGUGGUAACGUUUGCAGUCUGCUGGCUCCCCUACCACCUCUACUUCAUGAUAACAGGACUCAACAGACAACUGAACAGAGUCAAGUCUAUACAACAGGUGUAUCUGUCAGUGUUGUGGCUGGCUAUGAGCUCCACCAUGUACAAUCCUAUCAUCUACUGCUGUCUCAAUAACAGGUUCCGUGUAGGGUUUAAGCGUGCAAUGCGCUGCUGUCCGUUCGUCCGUCUGUCUGAAUACGACCAGAUGGAACUACACAGCGCCCGUUUCCAUGCCAACAGACAGAGCAGCAUCUACACCCUGAGCCGCUUCGAGUCCUGCUCCGCAGACCCACACAACGACCGCAGCGACAGGAGGAGGAGUCAGGGAGGUCAUCAUGGUAGCAUCGCAAACAACGGGGUGAAUCGUCACGGGACCCGACAUACACUCCUGACACACGCUAGUUACCACGGCAACCCCCGAGGGUCCACCUCCGCCAAGGAGCUCACCUGAGAGGUUUGGACUUGAGACGAAGCGAACACACAAACAUACACACAAUUACUGAAACACACACACACACACACACACACACACACACACACACACACACACACACACACACACACACACACACACACACACACACACACACACCCUUAUUGAAACAAACACAAACACACCUGGAUUCCAUAACAUAUAGGAAUCCCUAUUUCUGUUCUAUACCAAU